AUGCAGACUAAGUUAACAACUAUUCGGCACGAUGGCAUCCAGGAAAACACAUUGGGAAGUUUGCGUCUUCGGCAUCAUGAGACCAACGAGAUCAUCCUGAUCCCAACCCCAUCCAGGGAUCCUAAUGAUCCCCUUAAUUGGUCGCGGCCGUUUCGGUACUAUAUCGUUAUUGUCGUGUGUUUGGCAGUUUUCUUCUGCAACUUCCUGGUGGCCGGUCCAACAGUUGCGAUAGUGGAAACAACCGUGGACUUCCUAGGACCCAAGGGUCUCGAUUUCAGUUCCCAUAUCUCGAAGAUUGCAUUUUUCUACAGUACGACUGCACUGUGUCAAGGAAUUGGCAUGUUUUUUUGGAUGCCCCUGAUUGUGAAAUAUGGCCGACGCCCUAUUUAUGUCAUAUCAUUCAUCCUCUACUUCGCCACUAGUCUUUGGUCGGGAUUUGCCAGAACCUACGGGGUGGAGUUAGCAGGCCGCAUCGUCAUGGGCCUCGCUGCUGGAGCUGGCGAAUGUCUCGGCCCUCUGACCAUCGCAGACAUAUUCUUUCUUCAUGAGAGAGGUGCAGUCAUGGCAACCUAUACUGCCGCGCUAUCUAUGGGUGCUGCAGGUGGGAUUAUUGUCGAUGGUCUCAUUAUGAUAUCUCACGAUUGGCGGUAUAUAUACUAUGUUGGAUCUGCCCUCCUUGGUGCCGUCACAAUUUUGGUAAUCUUCACCUUUCCCGAAACCACAUACAAUAGGCACAUUGAAGAAGCCGAAGUGGCUGUCCCCGAUGAUGGUCGCUUGGACAAGGCUGACCGUCUGGAGUCAACCUUGUCCGAAUAUCACGAGACUGUGGUCCAUUCUGAUCCUCGUGCAAAGAAAACAUAUAUUCAGUCGUUACGAUUGUUUCCUGGGACUUUCACGUCAGAGCCGCUAUCUCGAAUUUUCAUACGCCCGGUAAUCCUCAUCAUGCUGCCACCCGUUCUUUGGGCAUCACUCGUCUUUGCUGUUACAAUUGGAUUUCUGAUAGCCAUCACGUCUAACUUUGCCACCGCAUUCUCAACGGCAUACAAUUUUGCGUCCUGGCAGUCUGGGCUUUGCUUUUCAUCCGGUAUGGUCGGAUCUUUCCUUGGAAUUGCAUUUGGGGGUCAUAUCUCGGAUUGGAGUGCAGAUUGGUUCACCCAACGCAAUGGUGGCAUUCGAGAACCUGAAAUGCGUCUUCCUUCCAUUUUCAUCGGCGGCACACUUGCCCCGAUUGCCUUGAUCCUGUACGGUGUUGGAAUCAACAACCAAUUGCACUGGAUGGUCCCCACACUGGGGCUUGGGUUGUUGAACUUUGCAAUUGUACAGGCCACUAAUGUGGCCAUGGUAUACGUGAUCGACUGCUACAGACCUGCUGUCGGUGAAGUGACCGUUUCGAUAUUAGCGUUUAAAGCCGCGUUUGGAUUUUUGCUCUCUUUUUACACAAACCCCUGGAUUGACAUGGAAGGAUACAGCAAGGCGUUUGGGGAGAUGGCUUGCAUUUCUGGAAUCAUUAUGCUUAUGGGCCUUGUAUUUUAUUUAUGGGGCAAGGGCAUUCGACAAAAGACAUGGAAAUGGCGUCUUAUGCGCAAAUAUGGCCACUGGGAUACCGACCGUGAGGUUGGAGAAUAG